UGUUACAAAGGCAACAAGCUAGCUGAAGGCUACUUAGCCUAAUAAGCUUAGCAUCUUAUUUGGGGUUGGCAUCUGUUACGGCAGAAGCAAGAUACACAAGUGCACUUAAUCCACUAGUUCAUUUGAAACGCAACAGAGCUUUUGCAUUACUGGUUUGUGUCUAAAGGGGAGAUUGUUGAAGAGAAGAUUAUGCUGCAUGCCUUUGUUAAGGAAUAUACUAAGAAAAUUGGAAUUGUAUAACAGCCAAUAAGUCAACUCUUCAAUUUUGGGGCUCUUCAUGAUGAGAACUUCCACCGAAAUGACAACACCUAACAUCAGCUGAACCUGUAAGUUCCAUUUCAUUUCCCCAAUUAAACUUGACAUUUUUCAGUAGUGCAGGAAGCUAGGAAGUGGGAGCAAAAUGGGCUGUACUCCUUCACGUAGCGAUAUUGCUAGCCAUCAUGCCAAACAUGGUAUCCUGCCAAUUGAUUCAGGAAGUGAAAACUUCUCACUUCCUUCGCUGAUCAAAAACUCCUCUUCCUAUGACUUAGAAGAUGUAUGUGAGAGAAAGGCUAGAGUUAAAGAUCACAUUUUGGAAAAUUCAUCAGAUGAGGACAGAAAUACUAAUUUCCAGUCAUCAUUUGAGGAUCCUUCACUACCAGACCUUGACCAAGAAGAGAAGGAAACUGAAAUGAUAGUUUCAGAGACUGAGGUAGCCAUAUCUGAACUGAUAGAUUCUGACAAACAUAUGGCAGAGGAUAUUAAGGUCAAAAGACAAAACUCGUGUGCUUCUGGGGAAAAGGACUUUACCCUGGAAGACAAAAAUGAAAGUGGUGAAAAACCAAAUGCAAAGAAAGUGAAAAAGCAAAAGAGCAACAGGCAAGGAAAACAAAGCCGUAAUGGCAAAACUAAAGAAAAAUCUUGUUUACCUGUAAGUGAGGCUGAGAAAAAGGUGGAUUUCCCAGAUCUUCUUGUUAAGGCUCAUCAGAAUGCUUAUGGCUAUCUGAACCCAAACCUUUCCAAAUAUGAGGUCAUUUUGUGCAUGGCCAACCAGGCCACUGAAACACAAUUAAUUGUGCAACAAAUGGUAAGCUUCUUACUUUUUCGUUUUGAUGAAAUCAACCAUCUCUUGGAAGAAAUUGCCCAAGAUGGAGAAAGUUUAUUGAAAGAAGUGGGAGGGAAUCUAGCUUGGCCAGCGAGUAAAGGGGAUCCGAAAGAGCAACCAGAUCUCUUGCAGCAGUUGUUACAGUACACGGUAAACAAAAUGCAACUGUUAAAUGGAACUGUGGCCUCCUUAACCUCUGAUGCCCUAGAAGAGUCUUGUAGCUUUUUCUUUAAUGCUGGCUGCAAUUUAGAAGAAAAACUGAAAGCCAAACAUGGUUUUGAUGAACGCUUGCUCAGGAUGAUAAAACUCCUUGAAGCAUCUGCACUUGGACCCUCUCAUCCUCACCCUGAUGACAUGACUCUUUAUUCUGAAGACAGUGGAAUAGGUAUUGAUAGUGAAUCAGUCAAGGACUUGCACUUUGUUGAUAAGCAGGGAAUGCAAACAAAUUAUGACUCUUGUUCACAUGUUCAUCUGUCUGCAAGUCAGACUAAGAAAACAGGAGAAAACCAGUGGUCAUCCAAUUCCGUGUUUGCCACUACCAGGUCCCAUGACUGUGCACUGGAAAGACAAUUUAAAGAUAUAUUUUACCCACCUGCACUUGCCAAGAAUGUAAUCCCAUCUUCAGGCAUAAUGCCAGAAAAUAUAGUUAACCACGUCCAAAUUCAAAACAUCAUCAAACCUCCUUUUAGCUCUGUACACUGUGGCUUUCCUAAUAAGGGUGACUGUUUUAAAGUGUGUGAAUCACCCAAUGCAUCUUCCACAAACAGUGAUGAUAAUACCUUGUCUGAGGAAGAAGGUGACAAUAUAGGUCUGUCUAAGCAGGACCAGAAUGCUUUCCCUAAAAGACGAGUGUCUCUACCUGCAACAACAGAUAGCAAACAAAGGCUUUCUACCAAACGACUAGAUAGCCCUGAGAAUGAAGAAAUUAUACUCAAGAUGAAAGAUGCCAUAAGUGAAAAGAUCAAAUUUGUCCCUGGCAAAUCUGGGAAGAAGGAAUGGAUGGAAGAUGAAAAUGGAAAAGGACCACUGAGACCAAGAACAUCAGCUGGGAGUCAGAAGUCUCACAUUAAACAAAAAAGAUCAAGGUCUGAAGAGUCUCUCAAAAGUCAUACUGAGGACCCAACUCUUCUGGAACUUCAAAGGACUCAAAAAGGACUCAACAAAAGACUGGAGAUGUUUUACACACUUAAUGGAAACAAAGAAGUACACAAGAAGUUGAUAUACCUGAACUUAAAAGAACCAUCUGACUUGCAAGAUUCUGAGCAUGUUACUCAUAGAUCAUCUACUAAUAAAUUGAAGGCAUCACUUGCCAAAAACUUCAAUAUAUUGCCAAAUCAAGAUAAGGUGCCUGUGUUUAGGCAAGAUCAAAAUGCCAUUAUUCCUUCACUUGAUGAAUGGAAAUGUAAGCGAGAUCAGAUGUCUAGGAAAGAGAAUGAGGCUCCUGGGACACAGAAGUUAAAUAGUGUUGGUUGUGCUCCACCUCGUAAAUCUGUUAAAACAUUAAUCGAAACCUUCUGUCCUUCUGAUAACCUUGUGAAACCUGCAAAUUUAAGAACUUUGGGCCCAAUAAAAUGUAUCAGAAGGUUUGGACUUCCAAGCAUUACUCCCAAUCUCCCUCUUCCUAGAGGGCUUGUGCCUUUAAAUCACAAACACAGAGUUUCACCAUUAGGAGAUAUAAAUUGUCAAAACAGCAGUCCAACAAACUCUAUUUUUGAUACAACUGGUUCACCUGAACUUGCAAAUGGAAGCGACACAAAUGAAAAUACUGAUGAUGACGAUAAUGAUGACGCCAGUGAUGUGGAAAAUUUGCCCCCACCUCCUCCUGAAAUGUUAGUGGACAUCUCAUCUCAUUCAACAGGAUCUUCAGAAGAUGGAGGAAUAGUAAAAAAGUCUUCAAAUGUUGCCAAGAAGACAGCCCAAAAAAAUGAACAUUACAGCACAAAGAAAAGAACUCACAUUUCUCCACGGAUGAAAGCUUCUUUAUGUCCCAUUAACUUGUUACCAAGUAAGAAUCUCAACAAUCCUAAUCUCAUUAUCAGCAAAGCACCCAAAAGUGCUGGAGUGGAUUCCGUUCCUAGAAAACAUUCUGUGGAGUUGGAUUCUACAUCUUGUUGCUAUCAAGAGACCCUAUUAGCAUCUGAAAAGGACAAUGAAAUGAAAGAAACUGCAGAACUGUAUAACCAAUCGUGUAAAAUAAUACCUCUCCAAAACCCCGAAGAAAUGUCAGAACAGAAUGGAAGUGAUGCAUCUUCUGCUUUGGCUCAAAGGCGAACCUCUCCUGAUUCACUCAGAAAAGGUGAGAAAACAACAGGUUUUGUCAGGCGAGUGUCACCAGCAAGAACAUCACCUUCCUCACCCACUGGUGAGAAAAGGCUCCCGAGCCCACCACUACAUCACAGACUCAAUAGUCAGGCUUCUUCACCUACUAUUUCACGGCAGCCUAGUCCUCCAGCAAACCACAGGGUUUCAAGCCCCCCAGUCCAAAGGAAACUGCCUUCACCACCAACCCAACAAAACCUUUCUAGCCCUCCUGUGCCACGUAAACAGCAGAGCCCUCCAACCCGACGGAAAGGGUCCAGUUCUCCAGCCCAUCGCAGAGAGACAAGCUCACCUCCUUUCUCAACUACACCUUCCCCACCUGCUUCUCCCUCUCGGUUGCAGAAAGGAUUACAAAACAAUACUGACUCUGGUGAUGAGCAGCAACUCGCUUCCCCAAAGAUUGUCAGCAAUGCACACUCAAUAUUUUGUCCAGCCUCAUCCUCUUUAUUUGAAGCCAAGCCAGUGUUGUCACCACAGGGCUUCACAUCAGAAGCUGUUACAAACAACCCUAAAGUAUCUGCAUUUCCACGGAGAAACAGUGCACAACUCAGGCAGUAUGGGGACCUGCAGAGAAAAUCAGCAUUUGGUGCUGCCAUUCCCCAGCCUUUUGUUAAAAGGAGCUUCUCUGACCGGCGACCGGGAUUCCCAGUUCCAAUACCAUCUUUUGCUGCACCUGGUGGUGAGCCUGUGCUUAGCCAAAUAAGCCUGGAAGAUAGCUCUCAAAGAGGCGGGGAAGGUCUAAAUACAUGUUUCCCAGAUGGCAAAUCAUUUCCUCAUUCUCAACUCUACAUUGUGGGCCAAGGACUCCAUAAAGACUGAAUGGAGAUGGUAAGCUUGAGAGGUGGAGUCUACAACUCAGGAUUGACAAUCUUUGCAUACAGCCAUUCUUAUAUAGAGGCCAUGCCUCAUAAUCAAUAUUGUUAGGAGCAUUACUCUCUCCUUUUUAGACUGAAUUCUGAUCAUUGGAAAGUUCUGAAAUUCAGUUUGGGCAAUUCUCUACUCAAACAAACAAGACUAUGUAUGAACCAGGACCCAAAUGACAAUUCAGAAUGUGGUGAGCUGCAGGGAACUUGUGAACCACAAGAAAGUGUCUCCAGAGUGAAAUAUUGGAUUUUCUUGAGCGAUCCACUCAACUGAUACACUCAAUCAUCCACUCAAUUUUAACUGCCAGAAAAAAACUGCUGCAGGAAAAGCUGCUGACCAGAGGGUUAGCAGUUUGAAGCCGUGAGUUGGGAUAAGCUCCUGACUGUCAGCCCUAACUUCUGCCAACCUAGCAGUUCAAAAGCGUGUAAUGUAAGUAGAUCAAUAAGUACCACCUUGUUGGGAAGGUAAAAGGGCGCCCCACGCAGACAGGCCACCAAAAGGAUCUGAGAUGUCUAUGAACAGCAGGCACCUCGGCAUGGACAAUGGAACAAGAGCACUUCCGCAUGGCUGGAGUUAAGCAUCUCCUCCAGAGGCUGGAAAUAAAAAGGAAAGGCCUUUACCUUAUCUGUUUAUUGUAUGUUGUUGUUUGUUGUAUAAAAGGCAUUGAAUGUUUGCCUUAUAUGUGUACUGUAGUUUGCUCUGUGUCCCUCUGAGGAGAUAAACCAGAAUAUAAAUAAAGUGUAUUAUUAUUGUUAUUAAGCAAAAGAGGCAAAGACAAGAAAAAUAAAACAAUAUUCGAAGACAAUAUUGUCAUUGGUUGCACCAGUGUGUAUGUGUUAAAGCAGAAUUGGGGCCCUUAUCAUUCUCCUAAUGUGUGGACUCUGUUCAUGACCUCAGGAAUGUCUUCUAUUUGCAAAUGAAAGUGAGUAAAGCAGACAUUUGUAGUAUAGGAAGAUAUCACACAUUGAAGCAGUACACCCAGAACAGAUCUUGUGCCCAAUACAAUUAGGUUUGUAAAUAUUUGCUUAUUUUAUUCCUGUAUGUUAGAACAAAUAAUUAGAAAAAACUUUUUCCUACUGGCUACUCUUUUGUUGCACAUUUUGCAACUAUUUCCCACAUCGUGAGUUUUUUUUAAAAAAAUGUGCAAAAAGAAUUUUCUCUGCAGAAAAGCCCAUUAGGAUUUGUGAUUUUUUUUUCCAGUGAAACACAUUUCUGCACAGAAAAAUUACAAUGCUCUAUCUUUGUCUUUUGGAUACAAAUGAUGAAAUUCAAGCAAUAGCUAAGUAUAUUAUAACUGAGUAUUCCGCUUAUUUGCACAGAGCUUUCAGUGGUCUCAGUAACAUCAAUGGGAAUGAGAAAUAAAUAGCCAAUGACAAAUCAUGUUAAUUAAGUGGUGGAUACUAAUUAAUUAUAAUGACUAUUAAAUCUGGCUCUUUUUGCAAAUUUUGUUUUUCUUUCUCCCAGUGGAUGAAAUAAGUACCAUAUAAAUUAAUUGUUUUCAUACUUCUGUAUCUGCAUAUAAAAUUUCAUUCAAAUUAAAGCAAAAGUGUCACAUAAAGUAGGAUCUUUUGGAAGCACUAAAAAGUUUUUAGAGUGGAUUCAGAAUACAAUAAAAAACACAUCUGUUAUCCUAUUCUUCUCUUCCAUAAUUAAUUGUAUUAAUAUUGAGAUGAUUAAGAAUGAUAUGUUGAAGAAAGAACAAAGUGUUUUCAUUAAAAUAUAUGACUUGUAUGUAUAUGAUUUGUUUAUGAUAUAUGGCUUACAUGCAUCAUACUAGCUGGAUACAUACUCAGUGGUGAUAAUGACUAUGGCAAGCUAAUAUACUUGGAGGGCCAUUGCAGAAGAUUGAUUUUACAAGUAAUGAAAAAUUGUAAUGUGUAGGCGGUGUAGUUUAUUACUUGCUUGUUUUCAGAGAAUAGUAAUCAAAAUACAUAUGUUUUCCCCUUUUUGUACCAAUCUGUUUUAUAUGUUUGGAGCUUUUAAAAUUGUAAUAUUUAAAAGGUUGUUUUACACAGCUCUUUAUACAUAUAUAUUGUGAACACUGCUUCAAUUUAUUCUAUUUUGGUAUAUUUUUGAAUCCAAAUCACUUUCUUUGUUUUUGGAAUUGCAUUCAUUUACUGUUUUUAAUGCACUCUGAGAAAUUUUGUGAUUCAAUAAAUAUGAUUUUUUUUAUAA